AUGACAGAAGAGCGAGCCUCACCUUUUCAACAACUGUGUGGCAAAAAUGAAAGUUAUGAUUUUCUGGAAAUUCCCGAGGGAACGUUUGAUGAAAUUGCAAUGUCCGAAGAUGAUCAAAUGGAAGUUGCGGCGUUUGACUCGAUGUUUCCAAAGCAAUAUUUUGAUGAUCUUCUGGAUGAUGAUAUGGGCUAUGAAGAACCUGAAAAUGAAGCAAACGUUAGAGAAAAUGGUGGAGAAACCGAAAAUGUUGAGAAAAAAUUGGAGGAAAACAAAGAUAAUGAGGGAGCAGCGGAAGAACAAAACGAUCAGCAAAAAAAAGAAGUCAAUAAUAAUAACCAUAGCCAAGAGCUUUCCCCCCUCUACAUCGAGCUAAUUCUGAACGACGACAUCUUUGACUCAUCACCGCCAGCACCGAACAGAGACUAUGUGUACAAUGAUAAAGAGUUCAAAAAAGAUGCGGAACGUGCUAGAAUAUGGUGGGAAAAUUCGAAAGGAAAACUAAACGUUUACGUUAGAAAGAACACCGGUAAAAUGAGAAUAACCGCUUGUUCUGUUGGAGCUUUUGCUUGUCAGACAAUAAAAAAACGGAGUCCUAAAAGAGAACUAGUUUCAACGACUCACAACGCACGUUCCCGGAGGAAAACGAUAUUUCAAGGUGUUUCCUUAUUAAUUUGA